GGAAGAGAGAGGAGGGAGUAGGAAACAAACUAAUUUGGGUGUGAAAGUAAAACACGCACAGCCUGUGUGCGCCGCGAGGUCCAGGGUGACUACACAUCUGUGGAAAAUGCUCUUUGGAAAUAAUUAUUUCACCAAGGCAGAGAGGAGAAUGCGAUCAUCACAGCUGUGUUGAAAUGCAGGUUUGAACCCAUCCAGUCGCUGUUCGCCCUCAGGACUGAUGGAGGGCAGGGACGCGGGUCCGGCGGUGGAGGAGACGGAGGUGGACGCCGCGCUCCGGGCCGACAAAGCUGGGCCUCGGUCCCAGUGGGCCAACGGUCAGUGCGUGCUGGCGAUGCCGAGCCGCUCGGUGCUCAACCCCCGCUUCGACCUGUCCCAGUGUCGCGCCAGCCUGGAGAACGAAGGCUUCCAGGUUCCAGUCUGUGACCUGGAGGCUCCACUGGGGACGGCUCUGGACGCUCCGUCGGUCAGGAGAUACCUGGUGCUCAACUCAUCCCUCUUCUAUUUCAUAAUGACGCCGGUGAUGUACAUGGUGCUAUGGUGCGCCGUGUUCUCCACCCUACACCUCUACAUCACCGUCAGUGACUACUGGGUCCUCUGUCUGUCCGUCAGCCUGGUCUCCAUCUUCCUCACCACCGCCGUCAUCUUCGUCCUCCAGCACAAGAAAAAGGAGCUCAACGUGAACGUGGACGUCCGGCUGAUCCAGGUGAACGAGCGGACGGUGAAGCACAAGCUGCUGGUGGCGGUGGCCGACUGGGUGCAGAACUGCCGGGGACACAUGCAGCUGUACUUCGUGUACUGGGACAUGUCCCACUGUCUGACGGCGCUGACUGAUACUUUAGAGGAGCGCAGCUUCGUGGGGAACGAGACCCAGUGCAAACUGGAGAGGAAAAUGUCCCAUCUCGUCCUCGUGACUGAGGUCGGAGCUGCGGAACUGGAGGACGAGCCGGCGUCGGACGAGCGGAGGCCUCUGCUGAGGCGCGAGGGCGCGCGUGACGACGCUCCGUCCAGUCGGGACGACGCCAGAGUCACCGCCAACCGCAGCCUCGUCCCCGGCGAGUCGCUGCUUCCUCAGGAUAAAGCCUUCCGGCUGCUGAUGACCUACAGCUCGGCGUACGUCAAGCUGCUGGUGACGGAGCGGCUGUCGGGGCCGUCGCACUACCGCCUCCGACCCGGGAGGAACCACUGCGCCGCCGCCCCCCUCUGCCUGUGUCAGUACAUCACGAACAAGAUCCUCCGCUGACACGCGGCCACGGGGGCCCAUGGGGUGCCGAAUGUAUAACUAGUUUUCUCACAUUAACUAAAUGACACAACAUGUUUUCUCACAUUUAGUUAAAUGUGCAAAAGUCUAAAUGUAAAUGUUAAAUCUAAAUGUUAAAUGUAAAUGUUAAUUCUAAAUGUUAAAUGUAGAUGUUAAAUGUUGGCCGAGUGUAAACUGAAUAUUCAUGAAUGGGCAAGUAGACUCCAUCCCUACCCUCAAACAGCGCUGGUCUCAGAUCAGAGACGCGAACUCAAACACCUCAAACAGUGCGCGCAAACCCCGCCCACAUCUGACCUGGAAAACUUUUGUUUUUAGCCUGGACGUAACUUCGGCUAGCUAGUAUAGUUAGCCAACUAAUUCUCCACCGGCGCCACAGAAAUAUUCUAUUUAAACCUACUUAACUCCCCAUUAAUGGUGUUUACGACAGAACGGCAGUUUGAAGCGGAGCCUCAGCCCGCACACCUGCCGUUACAGCCCGUUCAAUCUCCCCCAACGGGAGGGAGUCGGAGCUGGCGGCCAUGAUGGCUUCGACUUCAGGCUUCGCUCCAGUAUUUUCGUGCACCGAUCCAGAGUCAGAUGUGGGCGGAGCUAUGCGUACUUUUUGACCUGUUUGAGUCCGCGUCACUGAUCUAGGAUAAUAGGGGGUGGAGUCUACUUAAAUAUUCAGUUCGAUCAUUUAACAUUUACAUUAACAUUUAAAAUUUACAUUUAACAUUUAGAUUUACAUUUAACAUUUACAUUUAGACUUUCUCACAUUUAACUAAAUGUGAGAAAACAUGUUGUGUCAUUUAGUUAAAUGUGAGAAAACUAGUUAUAGGUGCUCCUUUUACAUUUGGCACCCCACACCCUCGGACCCACGGACCUGUUUCUGGAGCGGACGUGGACUCUGUUGUUUGGAGCGCGUCGCCUGCCAGCGUUGUGUUUGCGCCACCUGGAUCUGCCAAACGCUGUCGCACACUGGGGUCAAUCCAGCUGCUGUAACACAAUGUUGGUACUCGUGUCUACAUGACAGUCCACGCAGUUUAAAUUAUUUGUACAAAUAAAUGGAUGAUGGGGCUGCACCGACUGGUUCUCUGCCCAUUCACAGCUGAGCUCGA